UGCGCUUAGCUGGCAGAUCCCCUGCGCCCGCGCUCGCUGCGCCCGAGGAGAGGAGAGGGAGACACGGACAGGCUUGCGUCCAGGGUGCUGCUGGAGACCCACCUCACCACUCACUGUCUCCACGGACAAUAUUCAGGCCCCUGGACAGGAAACGACUUUUAAAAUAUACCGAACCCGACACGGAGACACGAUCCGGACACGAAGCUGAAAAGCGGGACGUCUCCUCUCCAUCGGCUUUGCGCACGACCACCCAUUAAACCCCUCUCUGGACCAGCGUCGCGAGCAAGCGAUGCACAUUGAUGUCAAGACAACGAUCACUAUAAUCCACUACGACAUAUUGUUAUUUUUUUUAUAUUUUUUUAUGAGCAUAGUUUUUAAUCUUUCAUUCCAGCAUCGAUAAUAACAUUACGGACACUGUACUUGGUGUUGACGCUCAUUUAACGGGUUUCUGACUCAUUGCAAUAUUCUCAUGGUCUAAAACUAACAUAAACUAUCGAUCUGUCGAAUUCACUCUCAUUUUGUAUUUUUGUAUUUUUUUGUUUUUAGUUACACUGUCACAUGUAUACCGACAACGGGUCUGCUUGCUUACAGACUGCAUUAGAUUAUUCAGCCACUGGUGACAGUGUCUUAUAGCUCUUUCUCCAUUUAUAUAACCUGGAAGGACUUCCUUAAAACUGACUCUAUAUUUUGCAAUUAAAAGGAAUUGGAUCAAUCAUUGUCCCUGGAAAGUUAAAGGUGGAGACCAGUGCCUCAUAACACAUCCACGAGGUUUUUCUGAAGGUUGACGGCUCUGGAUCGCAUGCCACCAUGCUGUCCUUAGAUGAGCCACUGGACCUGAAAGUGCCGAGGAGGCGGGUCAGUGGGCGGGACAGAGGCUCCAGGUCCCCAGCCACUCUCAACAGCUCUCCCAUUCACGCCAAGGGGGCCGAGCAGCUGUGCAUGGCAGACGACAGUAACGCAGUCAUCGUUCCUGCGUCACCCGCCUCUCCACACACAGCAGGUGACCUGCAGGACAAAUACGAGACCCCCACACCCCCCGCUGUGGACCUCAGCAUGUCCCCAUCGCCCCGCAACACCGCCUGUUCUCCAGAUUUCGCCAAUGGGAACAGCUCGACUCCCAUCUUCCCUGGGGAUUCGACUCAUAUCCGUUACAUGGAGGUAGGGGCUAGUUCUCAGGCCUUCCAGUACUUCAUGCCCAUUGGAGGAGGAGGAGGGCUUCACCUGCCUUCAUCCAUGUUUAUUCGCCAGUCCAAGGACAUGCGAGCUUCUCCGGACCUAUCGGCAGAUGAACAGCUGGCCUGUCAUUGGAGGAAGUGCCACAUGCUUUUUGACUCUUUGCAAGAUUUGGUGGACCAUGUCAAUGUCUUCCACGUGAAGCCGGAGAAGGACUCUGGGUACUGUUGCCACUGGGAGGGGUGUGCACGCAAAGGACGGGGCUUCAAUGCCAGGUACAAGAUGCUAAUCCACAUCCGCACACACACCAAUGAGAAACCUCACCGAUGUCCCACCUGCAACAAGAGCUUCUCCCGCCUUGAGAACCUCAAAAUUCACAACCGUUCACAUACAGGAGAGAAGCCCUACAUUUGUCCGUACGAGGGCUGCAACAAGCGCUACUCCAACUCCAGCGAUCGGUUCAAGCACACACGCACGCACUAUGUGGACAAGCCCUAUUACUGCAAGAUGGUGGGCUGCCCGAAACGCUACACAGAUCCCAGCUCCCUAAGGAAGCAUAUCAAGGCUCAUGGGCACUUUGUAGCCCAGGAACAGGGAGGUCCAGGUGGGGUGGGCUCCCUGUUGAAGCCGAGCCAGAUCACAGGAGUGGGAAAAGAAUCCGAGUUCACUUACGUCAGCGGGGCCCACAUCAUCAUCCCUAGUGCUGCAGCUGCUCUCUUGGGCAGUCACGGUCUGCAGGGUUUGGGGGGCUCCCUCCCCUUGUCACCCCUCAAUCCCCGCCCGUUGGACUUGAGUAUGCUGGGCUGCCCGAGCACCCCUUCAGCUGGGCUUGGAGGAAUGCCCAUCUUGUCCUUCAGUGGUUCACCACUUGGAUUGGCCAAAUCACCCCUUCUGUCACCUACCUUCUCAUCUUCCACAUUUGGGCUACCCAUGGUGCAAGUUUUGGGCUCGGAGCGCAGGGACCAUAGCAAACGCAAGGCCAGGGGAGAGGAUGGGGGCAAGGAUGAGAUCCAUGGGGGCGUUCUCAACCUCUCUACCGGAGCGUCUAAUGACCCCCUGUCUUGGGUGGUCAUCCCCUCUGGCCCAGUAGUGCUGAAGCCAGCUGUGGUCAACUGAGCCCCACAUUCCAGAGAAACGCCAGGGGUGGGUCAUGCUAAGGAAAGGGAAGGGUGGGGGUGGAACAGGGGUUAGAGGACAGAGGCAAGGCUAUGGGGGGUUUUCACAAAGCUAAUGUAGUCUGCACUGCAUAGAGGUGACACCAUCUUCAACAUUAUGCUUUCAUUUCAUUUCACACUUAAUUUGAACUUUUCUUAUUUCUUGAAAGCACUGAUCUAUACGCUAGUCUUAGCAGUUUGUGUCCUUGCUUCAAGAAACCAUUUCUAUGUAUUUAUAAGCAAGAUUAAGUAAGAUAUUUGGGACGACAGAGGACACAAAUCUUGUGUUGUUAUUCUUUGGGGAAAAACAUUGUGAAAUGGACCCUCAAGCCAUUCCACUAUGAAAAGACCUCUAAGACUGCAUAUAGCAAGCUAGAAAUCUUUGAUGCAAACUCACUUUCACAUAGGGUUGCCAGCUGUCCCAUAUUCUGUCCGAAAUGACCUAUAUUUCCUGUAUUCUAGACAAAAACGUCGCUAAAGGGGAACCCCUCCCCUCAACCUUUUCUUGUUUUAAGGAUGCCUGGGUGGGUGGGUGGGGGGGAGUGUCCUGGCUGUUCGUGUCCUGUAUUGAUGCGGCAAAAUGCUCAAAGGGAACUCCACCAGUCUGACAGUAAAGCAUCCCGUAUUGAAGCACUCAAAAUGCUCAAGCAUACCAUAUUCUCAUUGCGAAAAUUUGGCAACUUCUUGUAGAAUCUUGGUCAAUUUUGCUAAGGGGUGCUAAUAUGCAAGACUAAGGUAUACUAGAGCUUGAUUUUUAGCCUUUUUUGUUUCCAAUGACAAUCAGCUUCUGUCAUCAGACAAUAAAACACUGAGUCCCACCUCAGGCGCAGGUACCCUCCGUACCCUUACACGUGAACUUCCCUUCUGCUAUUGCGAGCUACAUGAACCUUGCAUUUGCUGCUAGCUAUGUCACUGCAAUGUAAACAUAUUUCUUUGAAUAAAGAAUAGAUAAAGUGUAUGAAUGACAAUCUGCACCCUAACUGGGAAGAAACAGAAACAUUGACUAGCUCUAUUUUGACGAGUAAGAGAUUUACAGACACUAAGCUCAGAGUAACUGAGUGUCAAGUACAAGGGCACAAACUCAGCUAGCAGUUAUGCUAAAAGCUCAUAGUAAAAUAACACGCCACUGUUGCAAAUAGUUCCAUCUUCUGGUCAUCAGAUGUACUGCACACUACUGGUUGAACAAAGGCCCAGAUUUAACAUUAUUGCCCCGCUUUGCGGUAUACUAGCAUGGGUGUAUCACAACGUUUAAGGGCCUAUCCUGGUUAAUGCAACUUUGCUCUCAGAGUUUCCCAGCCCCAUAUUAAAAGUAAGAAACACUGUGCCAAAAUCGAAGAUGUAUACCCAAAUACUGAAGCAAGGACUUAAUAGGGAAUUUAGGCAGCUAACGGAUAGCCAAGCAGAAUAUUGGAACCAAGACACAUCUUUUAAAUGCAAAUACAAUAAUUAAUGCCCUUUCACAUGACUUGCGUCAAUGAGCGUGGUUACAUGCACAACAAUGCGCUUAUAACUUCCAAAUAUUAGCUUUGUAAAAAAAAAAAUCUGAUUUACAUGAGAUUUGAAGUUAUUCUCUGCUUUUGACAUCAACAUGUAAACAGCCAUGUGCACAACACUUGCACACAUUGGAUAAGCCGGUAAGAAUGCCGGUAAAGGUGUUUACAUGCAACAUGGAAUCGGGGGAUAGUUUUUUGCUUAAACUGUUUAUUAACUUACCGCGAUAAAGGAAAGCCAGUUUAAGGCUUUAUAUGACCUUACACUUUAUUGGCUUGUUAUGCAUAAUUGGUUUAAAAUGACCCGUGACCCUACAUAGAACAAAUGGAUAGGUUAAAGAUUGUGUGUUUACACUCGCUCAAGGUUCCCCAAUGCAUCAAACUCUACGGAGCAAAGCAUCAAGCUACAACAUCUGUGAUCCAGUUUACCGAUGACUCUUCGGAGCAUGGCCAACGUGUAAAGCCCUAAGUAUACUUCGGUUGUCCGCGUUGCUGAUCGCUUCUUGCACAGUAUGUGUGACGCAAAUGUAAUCAUCAGCACAGUCCGUGCGGUCCCAUGGACGUGGUCCUCAUCUGUGCACAUCGUCGGUGCAUGCGCUGGCCAUUGACUGUGCUAAUAGAGUAUCACAAAGCAGAUGUAGUGGGCAUGCGUCGAAUGCAUUCAUAUUCGCUCUCGGUCAGAAGAGUAUACUCUGAAAGGCAACACGGUCGGCCAGGCACGAUCCAAUCCAGACCGCAGAAAAACGAAGUAUUCCCUGGGCCUUAACGCACAAUCCACAUGACGUAUUACGUAUUGUAAAUCAAAAGAUGGAAGAGUGAUUCUGUGUGCAUUGAGAUACAUGCGUAAUCUGACGGUAAGCAAAUUUUCGAGAAAUUGGAGCAACUAUUAUUAUCAUUAACAAGUUGUACAACAUAGCGUCAUAGGUGCUUCAUAGGUGAAUUAUAUUGUUUACAUAUAUCUAGGUUGUGAAAAUGUCCUUCCAUGCAAUGCGCUUCAUGUGGAGGUCAAAGUGGCAAACAACACUUGUGUUUAGAGGUGCUUUUAAGCAUUAACGCAAGUCACGUGUAAGGGACUUUAGUGAGUUGUGUCACUUUAUAUCGCAGUCAUUGAGUUUUCCGCGAGAUGUCAUUCACAUUUAAUUCACGCUUAUGAUAAAGAACUCUGGCGUGUUUUAGGGACUGUCCACUCUGGAGAAGUUCUGUACAAUUGUCCAUUGUCCCGCCUAUCAUUUAGCAUAAACUAAUGUUAUGUAAUAGGACAUUCCGACUGCAUUAAUGACACUUCCUAAGCAUGUACCCGGCCCUCCCUUCAAAGAGUCUUACUCCAUAAUGUUUGUUCUGUUGUUUGUGGAAAUUAUACCAUUAUUGCAGUUUUGUUUUGUCUUAUUUUGGACGUGACAUUUCCUGAUGUUGAAGUUGCUUUAUUUCUCGUUUCUGCAAUUGCUGCUCUAUGGUCAGCUUUCUCCAGCCGAGGAGUCCAAAGGAGAGAGGGAGAUGAGACUAGACAAUGCGACAACCUUCCAAAAGCGAUUCGUCUGAACGCAUUAAAUGCGAAAGUGUUGCAUGAUGUCGCACUGCUCAGAAAUAUUCUAUAUUUAAUAUAGAGUUAUGGCUCGGUCAUGGUUACCUUUGCACGGUGAAAUUCCGGAGGCAAAAUAUGCACAAUCAGGAAUUUAACCUGAUGGAUUUUCAGUGGCGAAAAAUGUGCAACGCAAAUACAGUGUGAGGUACAUUUUGGCAUGCGAAUUCGCUGCGUUGACCAUUAUGGGAUUGCUUGGUUUGGUAGUGAGUUUCUACUUCAUUCUCGUCGUUUUUGUGGCUUUUACACUCGUUUAACAUCCGGCCAUGCUUUUGUAGCUUGUGGAAUUUUGCUGUGCAAACGUAUAAUCCUUGAGGAUUUAUGGGGAACAGGAUUUUGGACCAAUAAGAUUGAACAGGGGGGCCAAUCAAGGUCUCAAUUGGGGUGUAUCUCAGAACCGUACCUUAAAAGAGACAUCUCAAAUGUUCUUAUUUGUUCACAUGAGAGUUAAAUGCUGAGCGCUUACUGGGUAAAACAGAAGAGAGAUGGAGCUUCCUUGACUCCCCUAGUGUCGAACUACUGCAAAGAAAGAUGAACCCACUGUGCUCUAUAACGCCUCUCACAAGGGACAGGGGGACAAAACACUCAAACAUGUGCAGUGAACAAACACAAUCCGAACAUUGACCCACAAGAUACAAUUCUGACAUUAUUUACUCACCCUCAUGUCAUUCCAAGCAUGGAUGAGUUUCUUUCUUGUCCAGAACACAAAAGGAAACAUUUUGAAGAUUGUCCCAACAUGUCUUUUAUACAAGUGGUUCGUGGAAUCAAAGAAAUGUCUUUGUGCAUCUUCCCGUCGUCCCCUCUCUCUGUACUGUUGGUUGGAUAAAGCUGACAUUGACACAGGCCCAAUAAGGUCUACAUCAAUGUUUAAUAUCAAAUAAGCUGUUUGAACCUUUAACCCUUUGAGCACUCUGGAUUCGUCUGCACUUUUCCAACUCGGUCAAGCAGUAGAUCCAAAAGCCUUAACGAAACGACGGUGCAAUCGAACGAUUCUGAAUUUGGAGAUGCUUAAGCAAUACAUUUAAUGGCAGCGAUGAUGUCAUAGCUUGAUAUUCAAAUUGAAAUAUUUAAUGCAGUAAAUCCAUUUAGUCCGCAAAUAUACGGUACAGAAAUCAAGCACCACAUUGGAAUAAACAUGUAUGUAAAUGUGUGUAAAAUUAUUUCAUUUGAGCUUCAGCAAACAUGGACGGUUCUUAAAGUGCCACAGAAAUGCACAAAGGGUUAACAAAUUGACUAUGGCCUGGAAAGGCCGGUAUCCUUUUUAUUCUCUACUUUUUUUUUGUUGCACAUUUUGAGAUAUUUUAAUAUCAGUAUUUUAAUUUUUUCCAAGUGCCUUUUAUUAUAGUUGAAAUGUAGAUGUAAUACAGUAUAUAAUAAAUAAAUAAAUAAAUAUAUAUAUAUAUAUAUAUAUAUAUUUUCCCAGCAUCAUGUUCUGACGCUGGACAUGCAGAAUUUUAGAGCUGUUAAAAGUCUCCAGUUGGUACAACAUAGGUGUGUUCUCCUGUUUUAGAGGAAUUUUAUUACGAUAUUGAUAAAGAUGUCAAUGAAAAUAAAGGAAACAAAUGUUUAAUAAAUUUGCAUUUGAUAUAUCAUGUUUGUAGCAUCUUUUUCUUUUUUGAAUGUUCAUGCACAGAGGGUUACAUUUGUCACAAGGUCCCGUUUAAACCGUUCAGUUUAGGGUUUUAUCACAGGACCUUGAACGAGACGUUUAACUAUAUUUGUUUGGUUAUGCUUGAGGUGUCCCUGAUCCUUGC